AAAAACGCGUGAAAAUGCAUGUUUCUUAUAUGCGAAUUGCAAUUUACGUGCUCACAUUCGUGACAUACGUGUACUCUGGCUACGGUUCGAAUGUCAUAUCGACGCUGCGGGACGCGAUAAUUGCCGCCGAGGCGGUUUUCGGGGAUGUUUUCAAGAAUCUCAUUGUGGUGGCGCGCAAGUUCAGGAGUGUUCACGAAGUCUUCGACGCCGCCGUGGAGGACAGCUGCGUCUUCCGCUGUCCAGGAGAUGUCCCGGGACACCGCAAUAAGUUCUACACGCCGGCGUCGAACGGCUGCGGCGCGCUGGGCAUGAAGAUCAGCACUGAAUAUCUGCCGGCCGUUGAGAUGGAAAAGUGCUGCGAUGCUCACGACAUUUGCUACGACACGUGCAAUGCCGACAAGGAGCUGUGCGACAUUGAGUUCAAGCGGUGCCUCUUCAAGCACUGCGAAUCCUACGAAGGCUCCACAAUUGUGGGCGAUUUGGCCGUGAAGGGAUGCAAGGCAGCGGCCAAGAUGCUCUUCUCCGGCACCGUGACGCUCGGCUGCAAAUCCUACCUGGACGCGCAGCAGAGGAGCUGCUACUGUCCUGAACAAAUUGAGGGCAACGGCUGGAAGCCGAAGAAGAAGUACUUCAAGUAAAAUAAACAGUCGCUGCGAGAGGCCACUUUGACCAAAUUAUCACCACCCAC